AUGGCCGACCCGUUCGAGGUCCGUCAACGCUUCACGACGCUGCUCUCCCACCUCAGCGCAUCCCACACGUCGCUCCAAAAGGCCGCUCUCUACGCGUUGAAGAACCGUGAAAUGGACGAAGACCUCCACUCCUGCAUCCUCGAGCAACUCGAACGCACCAACAUGAACACCCGCGCGAACAUCAUGUUCUUCAUCGAAUGCCUCUGCGAAUACGCCGUCAGGGACAACAACUCGGGCGAUGCGAGCGCAAUGGGCUACGUCCGCAUGUUGCAGAGAGACAUACUGGCUGUUGUAGAAUGCGUCGUAGGCGAAGAAGGCGCCAACAUCCGCGUCGUUCGCAAAGUCCUCAAGACGCUUGAGAACCUGUCCAUCCUCAUGAAGGAGACUGUCCAAGAACUCGAGGCCGUACUGAAGUCGAGAGAAGUCGCGCAUCCCUUCAUGGCGACAGAUACCUCCGACCCCAAAGACAGCUUUCCGGCUUCUGCCGGUCGGAAUGGAGGGCAAAGAAUGGACAAACGUCAGAUUGAACAGAGGAUUGAGGAGGACAGGGAGAGACACAAGAGGUUGCGGGAGAGUAUCUGGGCGGUGCCAGGAGACGGCUACGAGGAGCUGGAGAAGCUAUGGGAUGAGGCCAGCGACAUCAACGAGGACGACUACGUUACCGCGAGGGAAGAUGCCGAGGAGAGGAGGAAGGUUAUUGAGUUCGGAUAG